AUGUCUGAGGCAGAAACGCCACUGGACCCCGAGGAGCAGCGAGAGGAGCUGGAAGAGAAGGAGGAGGAAGAGGAGCAGCUCACACCGGUCCCUGAGCCCGAUGAGGAGGACAGAAGGAUCAGUCUCUCAAUGAGUCCUGAACCCGGUUUGGACCAGGAUCUGGACCCGCAGACUUCCCAGAUGAAAGAGGAGCCAGAGGAGCAGAGCGUCAGCCUGAAGCCACGACACAACACACGAUAUGCUUCAGAGAGGAACAUGGUACGAGUGGAGACGCAGAGAAAGGACAGGGAAUCUACAGCUGUGUCCAACGAACCCAAACCCAGCGAGGACGGACACCAGUGCCCGUUCUGCGACAAGGUUCUGAAAGGCUGCAAGAACGACUUAAGACGCCACAUCGGAAUCCACACCGGAGAGCGGCCUUACAGCUGCUCAAUCUGCCACAAGACAUUCUCCAGCCAGUCUCACUUAAGCUCCCAUUUACGAACGCACACUGGGGACCGACCUUUCAGCUGCUCAGUCUGCCACAAGACUUUCUCCCAGAUGGGGAACCUGAACGUGCACAUGAGGACGCACACGGGCCUAAAGCAGUUCAGCUGUUCUGUCUGCGAGAAGGAGUUCACCCAGCUCACCGUCCUGGAGCGACACAUGCGUGUGCACACGGGGGAGAAGCCCUUCAGCUGCUCAGUCUGCCAGAAGGAGUUUGCGGUGGCGUUCGGGCUGAAGCGGCACAUGAAGCAGCAUGCGGGGGAGAAGCAGUUUGUGUGCGCGGUCUGUCAUAAAGAGUUCUCUCAGCUGCUCUCGCUGAACUCCCACAUGCGCGUGCACACGGCGGAGAAACCUUUCAGCUGCUCGGGCUGCGACAAGGCCUUCACGCACAAGUCCAACCUGAGCGCGCAUGCCAAGUUGCACACCGGGGAGAGACCUUACAGCUGCUCAGCCUGUGACAAAGCCUUCUCCACGGCGAGUAGUCUGAGGAAACACAUGAGCGCACACAUAGAGACGCCAGGGCUCUGA